AUGGAAGUAUUGCCAAUCAUCAGUCGAUUCUUUCGGGAUUUAAGCUGGGCAGGGCCAACUUUUAGGCUUGCCCCCGAGAACUGGGUUCCCGAAGCAGAAGAGAGAACUUUGGCAGUUCCUGAUCAGCAUCCUCAGCCAGAGGGACUACGGGAUUCAGUCACAGAUGCAGAGGCCAAUGAGAACGCUGCCAUUUAUGUAGCUAUGAAGGCAAAGAAUACUACUGAAAUGCAGAAUAAGCAAAGAUUGGAAAAUGAUAGUAACAAAGAUUCAGAAACAAAUGAGAAUGCUGUUAUUUAUGAAGAGAUGAAGCUAAAUGAUCACUCUAAGAAGUGGAAUGAGCUAAAAGCUGAAAAUGGUGUGAACGAGCAGGAGAUGAAUCAGGUAGAAAUGACAAUUUGCCCUAUUGUUGAGCUGCAAUCCAAAGAACCAUCUGGAAAUACCAAAAGCCAAGCUAUAUCUUCGUGGCAACUCACCGUGAUGAUGCUUGGGAUCCUCUCUUUUAUUUUCCUGGUAACAUCCAUAGUCUUGGGAAGCUUAGGAACUUACCACAGUCUACGCAUGGGAAGUUGUUACCAUUAUGGAGAGAAAUACUACCGUAUUUUUCAGCAAUCUAAAACCUGGAAUGACAGCAGAGAUGACUGCAUUGCAAGAGGCUCUACUCUUCUGCAUGUAGAAAAUAUGGAAGAAUUGGAGUUCAUUCAGACUAAGUUGCAAGGAUUUUCCUGGAUUGGAUUAACUCGCCAAGGACUCAGCAGCCCCUGGAUAUGGGUGAAUGGCUCCCCUCUUUCUUCUGCCCUGAACAUACCGGAACCAAAUCAGAAACUCAAGAACUGCUGUGGAAUUAUGUCAGAUUAUUCACUGUAUGCACAAGCCUGCCAAAACAUCAGUCACUAUGUUUGUGAAAAGAAGUUUUGUGUUUUUGCACUAGAGUAAAAAAGCCAUCAGAAAUCUUAAGGACUUUAGCCAUGGAAA